AUGGAAAGUUGUGAAGAGGAAUGUGAUCUGGAAAUUGACAGCGACGAGGAAGAACAACUUUUAGGAGAGAAAUGCAUUUCCCUUCUUGCAAGUCUUCUUCCACCCUCAUCAUCCACACUUUUGAACAACGCUAUUCAUUUGGAACUUGACGAAAUCGAAGCUCCUCCGCCACUUUUCAAUUUACUUGAAGAGCAACAAUUUCAAAAAAACUGUUCAGAAGAAGAGAAGAACAAAUACGAAGAAGGAGAUUCCGAAGAAGACGUUAAGAAAGUUUCCGAUGAAGAAGAAACUGGAGAGCCUUCUGUAGAUAACGUUGAUCAAGAAACUGAACCGUCUGUCACUAUGGACACUUACGACUUCCCGGAUCCUUAUCCGGUGCAGAUUCGAGCCAGACCACAGGUACCACCGAGACCGCCAAUCGACACUGUCAGAUACAGUAUGAAUAACAUUAAAGAAUCAACUGCUUGGGAACUUGAUGAACUCCUCGAAGAACUAGAAGCACUCGAAACUCAAUUGAAUUCCAGCAGUGGAGGAGAUCAACUGCUUCUUGGAGUGUCUGGAAUUCCAUCAUCUUCCAGUAGAGACCAUGUGAAGCAAGUUUCUACUUUACCACCGCCUCCACCAGCUCUUUCGUAUCAUGCACAUCAGCAACAACAACAGCAAAGUCAGCAUAUUCAUCAUCAUCACAACACUCAUUUGGGAUAUCAAAAUGGUAUCCAUCAGAUGAACUCCAUGACAACGACGUCGGCAGCAUCUUCAUGCUCAUCUCCAGACGGUGAUUCAGCAUUCGGAGAUUCCAGUUCAACAGAGUCAUCCAACAACAGAUGCCGUAAUUCCGCGUUUUCGUCGAACGAUUCGUGCAGAGACUCAUUGAACACACCGAGCCCCACUCAGGUUUCACCAAGAAAUGGAGAGUUAAGUGCAGAGGAAACGAAAGCACUCAAGAUUCGACAAGCUCUGGAGAAGAUGAAAGAAGCAAAAGUAACAAAGAUUUUUGUGAAAUUCUUUGUCGAAGAUGGAAUUCCUCUUCAGAUGCUUAUUGAUGAGAGAUGGACUGUUGCUGAUACGUUGAAACAGUUGGCUGAGAAGAAUCAUAUUGCAUUGAUGGAAGAUCAUUGUAUUGUUGAAGAAUUUCCAGAACUCUAUAUAAAGCGAAUCUACGAAGACCAUGAAAAAGUAGUUGAAAACAUUCAAAUGUGGGUUCAGGACUCUCCGAACAAGCUUUAUUUCAUGCGUCGUCCGGAUAAAUAUGCCUUCAUUUCUCGUCCAGAACUUUAUCUUCUUACUCCAAAAACAUCGGAUCACAUGGAAAUUCCUGCUGGAGAUCAAUGGACAAUCGAUGUGAAACAGAAAUUCGUUCAUGAUUAUUUCAAUCGUGAACCAGUCGUUCCACCAGAGAUGGAAGGAUUCUUGUAUUUGAAGACCGACGGAAGAAAAACAUGGAAGAAACAUUACUUUGUCUUGAGAUCAAGUGGAUUGUAUUAUGCUCCAAAGAGCAAAAAACCGACGCCAAAAGAUUUGACUUGUUUGAUGAAUUUACAUUCGAACCAAGUUUACACAGGAGUUGGAUGGGAAAAGAAGUACAAAUCUCCGAAUCCAUGGUGUAUUUCAAUUAAAUUGACUGCAUUACAAAUCAAGAAAAGUCAGUUUGCAAAAUAUAUUUGCGCUGAAGACGAAAUGUCAUUCAAAAAAUGGCUGGUUGCACUGAGAAUCGCUAAAAAUGGAGCUGAUCUACUCCAAAAUUUUGAAAGAGCUUGCCAAAUCAGAAGAGAAACGCUUGGACCGGUAUCCAGUAUGUCAGCUGCUUCUUCAUCAACUGCUAUUUCUGAAGUGCCAAAUAAUCUGAAUAUGCAUCAAAGAACUCCGUCUGUUGCUUCUUCUAUUCAAUUGGGAUCUCAUCUCUUGAAUAAUCAAAUCCCAACACGCCCACUUUCAGUCAAUGUCAGAAAUCAGUCUCCUGCAUCAUUCUCAGUGAACUCAUCUCAACCAUCCCAGCCAUCUCCCUCGAUAAUAUCUGAAAAGUUGGAAAUACAGUAUGAUGAGCAACCAACUGGAACAAUAAAAAGAGCUCCAUUAGAUGUACUCCGUCGAGUAUCCCGAGCUUCCACAUCGUCACCAACGAUUCCCCAAGAAGAAUCUGAUUCUGACGAAGAGUUUCCUGCCCCACCACCAAUUGUUUCUGCAAUUAGAAUGCCUCCUCCAGUCACAUCUCCGAAGCCAUGCACACCAUUAUCUGCUAAAAAAGCUCCUCCACCGCCACCGAAACGUUCCGAAAACACGAAACUUCAAACAGCAACUCCGAUGGCACCGGCGAAAAAUGAUUUGGAAGCUGCGUUGGCGAGAAGGCGAGAAAAGAUGGCAAGCAUGGAGCAGUAG